AUGAGGGUUGCCGCUGAACAAUUUGCCGUCCCUUUCUCGACACUCAAUGAUCACUUUCACGGACGACAUCAGCUGAAGUAUGGGAGGCCGCCCGCCCUAGAUGCAAACGAAGAAAGACUUUUGUCCGAAAUCCUGCAACUUUGCGCCAAUUGGGAAUUCCCCUUAAAGCCAAUCGACAUCAAGCAUAUUGUAAAGCAUUAUUUAUCAAAGCGUGGAUUGACAGAACCAGGGUUUAUAGAGAAUUUACCUGGAACAGAUUGGUUUAAUGGUUUUAUGAAGCGAAAUCCCAAUCUUACCAUAAAACUGGCAGAAAAUACGAAACGAGUUCGAGCAGCAUUAAGCUACGAGUCAGUGGAAGAUUAUUUCCGAAAUUUAAAAAAUGUCAUAAAGAAUAUUCCAUAUUCUAAUAUUAUCAAUUAUGACGAAACGAAUUUCGUAUAUGAGCCCGGUGCUGUGAAAGUAGUUUUAAAAAAAGGCACCAAACAUGCACAUAGGGCCAUAGAUAGCACGAAAACUAGCACUACGGUCAUAUUUGCGAUAUCAGGGGACGGCACGAUGCUUCCACCAUACAUUGUCUAUAAGGCAAAACAUUUGUAUGUGGGAUGGACUGAAGGGGGUAUAGAAGGGGCCAGAUACAAUCGCACUCUCAGCGGGAGGUUUGAUUCCACGAUCUUUGAAGACUGGUUCUAUUCUAUUGCUUUGCCGCACUUCAAAAAGCUAGACGGAGAUAAAGUUCUGAUCGGAGAUAAUUUAAGUAGCCACGUCACUGUAGGCAUAAUACGAGAAUGCAAAAAUAACAAUAUUAGGUUUGUUCUCCUUCCACCAAACUCGACACACCUGCUACAACCUCUAGAUGUAGCUUUCUUCGACCUCUUAAGGCUGCAUGGAAAAAGGUAUUAG